GGCUAGUGGGGAUUAACAUCUGCCGCACAUCUGCUCCAAAGCUAAGCUAAGUUGAUCAGAGAGAGAGGGGAUUUAACGAAGGCUAUAUAAAGAGGAGUGAUAUCUGGAUGAAUCACUCAGCAAAAAUUCUCUGACGAGGACUAUUGUACCGCAUUUGUUGACGCCAUGGCUCGCACCAAGCAGACUGCUCGUAAAUCGACUGGAGGAAAAGCUCCUCGCAAACAACUGGCCACUAAGGCAGCUCGUAAAAGUGCCCCAGCAACUGGCGGAGUGAAGAAACCUCAUCGUUACAGGCCUGGAACUGUCGCUCUCCGAGAAAUCCGUCGGUACCAAAAGAGCACCGAAUUGUUGAUCAGAAAAUUACCGUUUCAACGAUUGGUUCGUGAAAUCGCUCAAGAUUUCAAGACGGAUCUCCGUUUCCAAAGCUCUGCCGUGAUGGCUCUUCAGGAAGCCAGCGAAGCUUACUUGGUCGGUCUGUUUGAAGAUACAAACCUUUGCGCUAUUCACGCUAAGCGUGUGACCAUCAUGCCGAAGGACAUCCAAUUGGCACGUCGCAUUCGUGGAGAACGCGCUUAAAUUCUUUUUUUUAUUAUAUUAACAUACGGCCCUUCUCAGGGCCACCAAAUGUUUCUACGAAGGAAACUCCCGAUUCACUGCAUUUGACCCUUCCUUAAAAACCCCUCACAUUAUUCUAUAACGGUAAUUG